UCUCAAAGAGCAAUAUGCCAUUUUUUUGGCAUUUUCAGAAAAAUGGCAUUUUUACACCUGUUGGAGAUGGUGGUGCAGAGAGGCAGUACAGGCGGUGUGAAAGGCAUCCAUGUUUUUUUAAUUAUUUUUAUCGAGUUUUACUAUUUUUUAUUAAUUAUUUUAUUAAUUUUUAUUUUUUUUAUAAUUUUUUUUAUUUUUUUACGUUUUUUUUUUUGUUUUUUCUAAUUUAUUAUGAAUUAAACAUUUAAUUAUGACUUUUGACUAUCUUUUACUCAUAUUUAAAGGAAGGGUAAGAAUAGAAUGGGAAAAUAGGUAUGUUUUCAAUAUGACCACUAUGGUCCUAUUUUGGAAUAAAAACAUAGCAAGUCCUAUUUUGAGUUUUUAUCAUAGUUUUAGUCCCAUUUGGAGUAAUUUCUAAUAAUUAUAAUACUGAGUAUUUGAUGUCCAAGUUUAUGAGUAUGUAUUAGGGUUGGGCAUAUCCGUUUGGUUUAACCGAACUGAACUGUAUCAAGCCUACCUAAACCGAACCAUACAUAUACAAUUUGAUUUGAGUUUGGUAGUAUUUCUUCCAACCUGUAUUAUACUAUAUCGAACAGAACCGUAAUUGGUAAAAAUGUAAAACAUCGAACCGAACUAAAGAAAUUAAAAAAAACCUUCAUAUAUCAUUAAAAGUCACAAAUUCAAAUCGAAUCAAACUGAACUAAACCGCAUCGAACCAAACCGAAAAAUUGGUUUUUGUUUUGUAUUAAUUCUCUCAACCCGUUCCAAACCGAAACUAAUACCAUAGUAUAUUCCUGUCUCCCGGUGCGGCGUGAAAUAAUUAAAACGCAUGUAGCCAUACCUACCAAUUACUUGUACACCAGCCCAGCCUAUGAUCUAUUCCUUGUCUUGUGAAAACCCAUCCUCUGAUCCGGAAUUUCUUAUUGGAUACCACAUUUUUUUACUGUAUAUCCUACGGGCAUGAAAGAAACAAGCAUGAAUAUAAUGCCCCCAUUUUCUGCAAACCAUAUUAAUUAUUAAUUGUACAUAUGAUUGGACCACAGACACAACUGAGAAGAAAAGCAAUGAAUGGAGGGUCACCGUCGACGAGCCCAAGAAUCUCAUUCUCCUUUUCUUCCACCCAUCAUUACCCUGCUGACUCCCAUUUCGGCAACUUUGAGGGAGAAGCCGCCGCGGCAGACGAGAUCUUCUCCAAUGGCGGCUUCAUCCUCCCGCUUCAGCAAAGGGCCCCGAAAGAUGUGGUUUUGAAGAAGGUGAAGAGCCAGCAGCAGAGUAAGCCGGCUGCUGCUUUCUGGCGCAGUGGUUCGAGGAGGCGGCGGCAAAGCGAGCAGCAGAAUGCCGCAGCAGGGGAUCAGAGAGGGUCGGUUUGGUCAUUUCAGCCUCUGCCGCGCAGCUACUCCACCGGGUCGGAGCAGACCGGCACGGAAAAGGCUCACAGAUUGAAAAGCGCCUCUUGUUCUUCUUCCUCCUCCUCCUCUUCUUGCAGCUUUUACGAAUUUCCGCUGUCGUCGUCGUCACAGAAGAGGGCGGCGAAUCCCGGAAACGGCGCCGUUCGCAUUAAUCCGGUGCUUAAUGUCCCGCCUCCGAGCUGCAUCUCCAUGGGUUCUAGGAACCUCUUUGGCUUGGGAUCUUUGUUCAGGAGUAGUGGCAAUAAUAAAGAUAAGAAGAAGCCUACCAGGAAAUAGUAAUAAUCCCAUCCAUUCCUUUAAUUGUCUCAUAUCAUAAAUAAAAAUAAUCUCAAUUUAAUUUUGAAAUUUUUUAUAUAAAUAAGUGCACUAUGUACUUUUACACGUUAUAAUUUAAUUUAUCAGAUCUGAUUCAAGAAAGCGAAUUACGAACUUCCUAGGUUAUUUCCAUCUUAUUUGAUCGAAGUUCGGUCAGUGUUUCUCUAGCGAGAUCUCUCGCGUAGGCUUUUUACUUCGCCGCCCUGGUGCGACGUUUCUUUCAAAUGACGCAGCUCUGCGCCGGAUUGUCGUGGUUUGGGCGUAGUUCGAGAUGGAUGAUCGUGACAGCGAGAAGAUGGUGAAAGAAGCGAGAGAGAUACGUAGGGAUGAUCGGGACAUAGUUAGCAUGGAGAGGCUGAACGCUCCAUUCGAUGGCAUGGAUUUGGGUCAUACGGCGGGUACGCCACUGAAAGGGGUAUCAAUCGAGCGACGGUCCGACCCCCGCCUGAACCACCACCAUGGGUUGUAUGAGGUGCUAGAGUCCAUGAAAGUUUUCCUAGUAAUUUUUAUCUGUUUGUCAUUUAUUUUCUUGUGCUCAUCUUUGUUGUUGGUUUUGACAAUUUGUUUGAGUUUUCAGUCUCUCUUUAUGUCAUUGGGUAUGGUUGGAUCUAUGGGAACAUGUUUGGCUGUGUCAAGUCCACUACAUGGUUAGCGAUUCGUGUUGCUCUUUCGGGGGUGACCGUCUCAAAGUCUCACCAUAGGGUUACAGUCGUAGUUGUUGUAGUUUUAGUUGGCCUGGUGUCAGUUUUAUUUUCCCUUUGUUUGAUGUAACGAUCCUGAAUCUUUUGAUAUGAAUAGAGGCCUGUUUUGAUGAUAAAAAAAAUCUACUUUUACAUGUU